CGCGAUGAUACCUCCCUUGUCGUUACGCACUGAGCCAGUUCUCGGCCCUUCCAUUCGUUUAAUCUGAUUGCUACCGUGCUACGACCACAGUCCUUCAAGAUGAUUUCCUACCGGAGUUCGGGCCUGUUUACCGUCAUAGUAUUCUUUGCAAUACUUCUCUUGAUCCUCUCCACCACGCCAGAGCCCGCGAAACUGACGGCCAAUCUGGAAGACAAGGCUGGCUCUCUCGCAGAGUAUAUACCAAGGCCGAAGCUACCAAAGCUUGACGACUUCAGAUUCAACCUUCUUCCGCCCGCUGCGCACAAGCCCCCAGAACAAAAGAACAGCACCGGUGGAGGCUCGAAAUGGUAUAGCCAUUGGCAGUGGCUCAAUCCGUUUUCGUCCUCUAUCACCUUGGAUGAAGAUAGAUCCGUACUCCCUCCGCUUCGACUCCGUCUGCCCGUGUAUACCUAUUACGACGCCGUGUCGAAGAAGGAUAAGGCGCUCGCGGAGGCUGACAGAAAAUUGCUUCUUGCAUGGAGGAGAGCAUGGUUUGCCCAGGGUUUCCGUCCCAUGGUCCUCGGACCCCAGGAUGCCAUGAAAAAUCCCUUAUAUAAAUCUUUUCAUGCAGCGGGUCUGGACGACGGUCUUAGAGUAGAGUUCAUGGCGUGGCUGGCAUGGGAAAAUAUGGGAACCGGCGUAUUUGCUGAUUGGCAAUGUUUCCCCAUGGCCCAUUAUGACGACGAUUUCAUUUCGUACCUACGGCGAGGCUCGAUGCCUGAGAAGAUAACUCGCAUCAACGGCCUUGCCUCAGCGUUAUUCUCCGGGGAAAAAGCUCACAUUAACAAGGCUAUCAAAGAUGCUUCGAGGAACCCAAAACUGAAUGAGGCAAAAUCUGUGAUUGAGCUUGUUAAUGAAGACACAUUUAGAGCGGAGAACACCACCGCCAUUGCCUACUAUGAUUCAACUGCCAUCACGUCAAAGUACCCGUCGGUUGCCGAGAAGUUCGAGAAAUCGACAACGGAAGGGCGGCUUGCGCUUUUGGAUAUGAUCAAUUCUCAUCUACAAAUUAGCUUUCAAAGUGCUUUCAGCUCCGGAAUUUCGGUGCUCAAACCAUUUCCUGACUACACUACAGCUCUCGUCGGACCUGGUGUUCGACUUGCAACCCUUCUUGCAGAGUGCAUGCCACUGCAGAUGCCCCCAUCCUGCCCGCCGAACAACCCCAAAUGCCAGCUGUGCACCGAUGCUGGGCGAAUGAAAAUUGCCCAGCCUGAUGGGUAUAAAAACAGUUCGGCAUUAUUCACGAUUGGAAUUAUUCCACAUCCUUACACUCUUUCUACUUUAAGAAAAGGCGAUGAUAAUAUCACAGCGGCGUAUAUUCGCCGUGAGACUGAGCGAGACCCUUGGCUGAUUGCUUCGACCAAGCAGUUUCUCGGCUUAGAACGGGACGCGACCUCCCGAGUGGUCCCGUUCAAAGAUGUUGUUGCCGGAGAUCAUGGGGUGUCCCGUGGCCUGUGGUUCACUGUCGAAAUGCUCCCAGCAAAGAAUGAAGAAGAAAGCCUACCUACGAGUGUCCUAGACGAAUUGGACUGGCACUUUGGCUUUGUAAUUCCUCGAAAGACUCGACUAGAAAGAACGAAAGAGAAGAAUGUAUCCUCCGGAGAGAAGGCCAAACAGGAUCAGCCAAAAGAGGAUAAGAACACGCAUAGGAAUGGGAAGUUGAGCAGGGAGAAUGAGUUAAUCGAGAAGGCUCGAAAUUUGCUGAGAAACGACCCGAAGAAUAUUCAUAUCAAGUCUGUCACCGAAGCCUGGAAUCUUGCCGAUACUGAAGUUUGGAGAUUUGUGCGGGCUUAUAGAGCUAGAAGCGUUGUCGAGCGGAAGAAGUGGGAGGAGGAAGAGAAGGGCUUUGCGGGCUCUUAAGGGAAAUCUGGCUUCCCUUGUUCACCAUACAUUAUCAAGGUCAUGUUGAAUGCCAUGUAAUGGCGAGUUACCAACGCGACAGGCCGCGAUUUUGAUCAAGGCUCGAUAAUACAGUCCUUGGGAGCGCCGCCUAUUGGCUUUUUGAACGCUUACGAGCGA